AUGGUGCUCGCAACUCCUAGCAAAUUUUCGUGUGUGAACCGAACCAUCCCAUCGUACAGCAUGAUUGACAUCGCGUCUUUCAUGCACAUCUUCCCCACUAUCUACGGCGUUCUGUGUUCAGUUGGAGUUCUGGCCAACGGUUUGGUGAUCUAUGCUGUGGCAUCAUGCAAGAAGAAGAUGGUCUCUGAUAUUUACGUGCUGAAUCUGGCCAUCGCAGACCUGCUUUUCCUCUUGGUGAUGCCGUUCAACAUCCAUCAGCUGGUCAGGGACAGACAGUGGGUCUUUGGCCACUUCAUGUGUAAAGCUGUGGUGGUGGUGGACGUCAGUAACCAGUUUACCACAGUGGGCACAGUGACUGUACUCUGCAUUGACAGGUACGUUGCAAUUGUACAUCCUACAUCUGAAAAGAGGACCAUUCAGUGGACCAUCAUCGUUAACAUUAUGGUGUGGGUGGGCAGCUUCCUUCUGAGCAUCCCAGUCAUGAUAUACGCUAAAAUCAUCUCCAAAAAGGACAUGGACAUCUGUAUGAUUUACCUGGAUGGGCCUCAGGAUAUGUACUGGUACACGCUUUACCAGUCCACACUGGGUUUCAUCGUCCCCCUCAUUAUAAUAAGUACAUUUUACACUCUCACUCUAUACCACGUGUUCAGCUCCAUCCGGCGGGUCAAACGCAAGCAGUCAGUGUGGGCCAAACGGGCCACCAAGACAGUUGUGAUGGUGAUCGCCCUGUUCCUGGUUUGCUGGUCCCCCUACCAUGUCAUCCAGGUGAUCAACCUCAGCAUCCAACAGCCUACCAUUGCCUUUGUGUAUGCGUACAACAUCAGCAUCUGCCUAAGCUACUCUCACAGCUGCAUCAACCCCUUAAUGCUGCUGGUGUUUGCCCAAAACUACCGCGAUCGCCUCUGCAAUCGCAAAGAGCUGCGCUCCCAGAUCAGCUCAUCCAAGACCACCAUCAAAACCGACGGAGGGUCUAGCGUCAGCCCGGACACCAGCCACCACUGUACUGUCAUCUAA